AUGCCCAUCGCCGUCGCGCAGGCUCCUCGCAGCCACUACUCCCUCACCAAUGCCCUCCGCGGCAGGAACAGGGCCACUUCCGACGCCGUCCUCCAGCUGCCCCAAGAACCCGAGCGCGCCCAACUGCCAAAGGCUGCCUCGUACACAUACUUUCCUCAGGUGAAGGAUCUCGACAAGGGUUCGCCUGUUGCUGAGCGAAGGGGAGCCUCCGAAGAUGAUGCCGAUCGCUCCAGGAGCGAGGAGAGGACCUCCGAGAGCCACUCAGAUGGGUCUAGUCCCUCGUCAGAGGAUGCUCCAGAGCUGCCUGACGUGCAGAUGCCUCAGCUAAGACCGACGCCAACGACCCGCCGCUCCUCAAGGUUUCUGCCCUUCUCCACUAGGAGCCGAGAUCCCUCCGCAGAACCAAAGCCAGAACGCGGCCGACCAGAGGCUGUCAAGCAGGCAGACUCGCCUUCUCCUUCGCCCUCGCGCUCUUUGACAAACCUGCGCAGGAAGUCGUGGGUCAUUGGCCCGCAACAGUCGCGAGAAUCGACGUCACCAUCCAAGGAUAAGAAACUCCGGAAAAAGGAACCUAGUCCAAAAAAGACACCACCAGCCGUCGAGCCAGCCAAGCAGAAGACGCAGACGACAACUGAAAGUAUCCCAGAAGAGUCCGAGGCAAGAGACACUGUACAGGCGGAAAUCCCAACUCCUUUGAGCAAGAAGAACAAGCGCCUCAGUGGCCUCUUCACCGCAACUGCCAAUGCCUCCAACUCGCCCUCGGUGCCCAAGUCAUUCUCAACUGAACAGCUCCCGCAUUAUCCUCAGCAUCAAACGCCAGUCAGCCCCACCCACGUCGUUCCUCCGCUACCACGCGACAUCUCUGCCGAAAAGCUAAAAGGCAUCAAGAUUGAACCCCGCAAAAAGGAUGAAUUGUGGAACGCAUUUAGAUCCCUCGAUGCCGAUCUGCGCAAGUUCCAAUCCAAAUCCAGUUCCCUCAAAGCAAACGUGGUUCGCACUUCCCUCCUUCCUUUUCUCCGCCAACACGCCCAUCGCCCUGUAGACCAGAAGCUCAGGCCUGAAGAUCUCGACCGCCGUGUAAAUAUCCUCAAUGGCUGGUGGACUGGUCUCUUGGAGCUCGUGGCAGGCCGGAACAACCAGUCCAUCUCUGGCACAGACCGUCCAGUUAUCCUCGAAGGCAUCGCUGCAAUCAUGGAGAGGCCCGAAUGGAGACUUUACCCCUCGCCCUUUUGUGCUCUUGCAGACCGCGAAGAACCAUUGUCUGCAUCUACAACUAGUUCGGGUGCCUCCACCACCAGCUCGGCCGAUUUCCUUGCAGAAUCUGUUCACCACAAUGUGCGCAACAUCUUCACGCAAAACUUGCAGUCCCAGAUGGCUUUUGUCGUAGAGAAAAUGUCCUUGCGAAAUGCUGCUGCAAGUCUGGUCACGUUCUGUGGAAAAACAUGUGCAUAUGCUUUCUGCUUCUGCCCUGGAGUUGCCGAUGUUUUGGUGCGUCUAUGGAGCCCAUCUCUCGAAAUGAUGAAACGGGUAAUGGAAGAGUCUGGUGUGUCAAAGAUGGAUCGCUUGGAUUCCGUAUCCGACCGAGUUGCAGCAUCGUUCCCACCUAUGCUGCUCCCGCUCAAGCUACUGUCCCUGAACCGACUUAUGCGUCAAUUACGCAAGCCCAUUUUACCCCCGCUUGCCAUGGCCAACAUCGACUGGUACGGACUUUGGACAAAGCGCUGGUCUGGCGCCGAGAGCGACCUUUUUUACGUUUUUGUCAAGCACUUCCACAUUCUGGUCAGCGAUUUCCUGCCCCUUGAGCCUACCAAUGCAGAGCGCAUCUGUGUUCCUGGAUUGAUUAUGGUGCACGCCCAGCUUUUGGUUAAUUUGGAUGCAACCAUCAACAGGAAUGCUGUACCGCAGCAGCAGCAGCCACCGGAAGAUACAUCGGCAAUUACCUUUGACGAUGUCCUGGAACCUGAUGCUUCUGCCUCGAAUCUCGCUCUUCCGCCAGCAAACGCCACCCGCAUGAUGCAGGAAAACCGAAUCAUAAUGUUAAUACGCGAUUUCCUUUCCGAACGAAAUGCUCAUUUUCACAUUGCCAGGAAGAUGUUUGCCGAGAGUUUUGCUCGUCUUCUGCAGGCACAAGCACGCAAGAUUUCAAUUUACAACAACAGUGCCUGUUAUACCCUCUGCGACUUUCUUGAAGAGGCUCUUGUCAUCCUCGUUCGCUACGAGCAACACGACAGCGACCACCAUGCUAUCAUGGACUGGCCUUUCUGGCUGACUGUGUUCAAAGCCAUGGCUGCUAGUCACAACACCGCUACCGAGAUUAGGCUGUACGCCUUCCUCUACAGCAGUUGGGCAACUCUGACCUCGGACGACCAACGAAAGGAAGGGCUUUGCCUCGAGUUCCUUCUGGAACCUGAAUUUUUCGAAAGCCGUUUCAACCAUUGGUGCCCUAUGGUGCGUGCCUACUUUAUGCGGCUGAUCUGCUGGCGAGUGGCUCGAUUCGAUGGCAUUGACACCGAAAUCGAAGUAGCGAUCAAGCGCGCUUUGAGUGACCGCCUCCGGUCAAUCUGGUCUCACUACCUUUGGCUUCAAGAAGAGGCUGAACGUAAACAGACUAUCUUCCCAUCGACACAGGCUUGCAACCCUGCACCAGGCCGACGCUUUCUCAUCAUACGUAAUGAUAAUCCUAUUGUGACCAAUAGUGGUCCUUUUCUCACAUUCGACGGUGUGGUCCAAAACCCUCAUCAACGAAAGCCCUCUCUUCCAGCUCCCUUGAUUUCGGAAGCUGAGCUUCGGCCAACACCUCCUCCACCAACGGAAUCGCCCGAUCUUCCAGAGGAGGAUUCAGGCAAAGGCAGAUGGAACAUUUUGCGUAGUCUCAUGGGAGGAAGUUCGAAGCAGAAUGCUAAAUCAAAGAGCCCUGGACCCGCUAAAGACAGGGAAAACGCUAGUAAGACCACGGCCAACGAAGCAUCCUCUACUCCUCCGGCUGCCGAAACACCGGCACCCGCCCCAGCGCCGGUUACCCAUCGGUCAUAUCAUUUCCGCUUCUCUCUGGAAUGGGUUGACAAGCGCUUUGGCGCAUACCAACCUAUGCGCCUCCAGCCUCCACGACUCCCACUUCCAGCACAGAGCCUCUUGACGCAGAAGGGCAUCAACCUCGAACCUGUCCUUAGCACACCGCCCACUGGCGCUGCUGUGACGUCGAGUACCUAUGCCGGACGUGCGCUUGCUGAAUGGACCUUCAUCAGCCAUGAGUGCCAGAAUUUCUUUGAUAGGAGGAAGAAUGAAGGCGUGCCGACGAACAGACAAGUUGAGACGCCCACGUUGAACGUGGAGGCUUUCCGACGACCCGGCUAA